UUUCCCUACCUUCCCUGUGUGCACAGGUUGGGGUCCCCACGGUCCCACCUGGGAAGCCACAGGAGCAUCAGGAGCAGCCAGCUGCCGUUUGCCCACCACCAGGAGACCUGAGUGACCCGUCCAUGGACAAGGCAGCUGUGAAGAUCCAGGCUGCCUUCAAGGGUUACAAGGUCCGCAAGGAGAUGAAGCAGCAGGAGGGACCUGUGUUCUCCCACACAUUUGGGGAUACUGAGGCACAGGUGGGGGAUGUCCUGCGUCUGGAGUGUGUGGUGUCCAGCAAGGUGGAUGUGCGUGCUCGCUGGCUGAAGGAUGGCAUGGAGCUGACGGACGGCCGGCACCACCACAUCGACCAGCUCGCGGACGGCACCUGCUCCCUGCUGGUCACGGGCCUGGGCCGGGCUGACGCUGGCCGCUACACCUGUCAGGUGAGCAGCAAGUUUGGCCAUGUGGCCCACAGCGCUUGUGUGGUGGUCAGCGGGACUGAGAGCGAGGCAGAGAGCUCCUCAGGGGGUGAGCUGGACGAAGCCUUUCGCCGGGCGGCCCGGCAGCUGCACCGUCUCUUCCGCACCAAGAGCCCGGCUGAGGUUUCAGACGAAGAGAUCUUCCUCAGUGCAGAUGAGGGCUCAGCACAGCCUGAGGAGCCUGGGGACUGGCAGACGUACCACGAAGAUGAGCACUUCGUCUGCAUCCGCUUCGAGUCGCUUGCCGAGUCCCACCGUGCGGCCACCUGCUUCCGGGAGAUGUUUGGCACCAUGGGCAUCAGGGUGGACAUCAGCCUGUCGGAGCAGGGGCCCCGGGGGGUGGAGAUGCGCAUCAGCAAGGUGGGUCCCGCCCCUGCCGCGCCUCAGGAGAUGGUGCCCCGCCCGCUGACUGCAGAGGCCGCCCCAGUGUUCCUGACUGGGCUGCAGGAUCAGGAGGUGCAGGACGGCUACCCCAUGAGCUUUGACUGCGUGGUGACAGGCCAGCCCAUGCCCACCGUGUGCUGGUUCAAGGAUGGAAGGAUGCUGGAGGAGGAUGACCACUAUAUGAUCAGUGAGGACCAGCAGGGCGGCCACCAGCUCAUCAUCACAGCCGUGGUGCCCGCAGACAUGGGCGUCUACCGCUGCAUGGCUGAGAACAGCGUGGGCGUGUCCUCCACGAAGGCGGAGCUCCGCGUGGACCUGACCAGCACAGACUAUGAAACUGCAGCUGAUGCCACGGAGACCUCCUCCUACUUCAGCGCCCAAGGCUACCUGUCCAGCCGGGAGCAAGAGGGCAUGGAAUCUACCUCAGAGGAGGGUCAGCUGCCCCAGGUGGUGGAGGAACUCAAGGACCUCCAGGUGGCCCCCGGCACACGCCUAGCCAAGUUCCAGCUCAAGGUGAAAGGCUACCCAGCACCCCGACUGUACUGGUUCAAAGACGGGCAGCCCCUGACGGCUUCUGAGCACAUCCGCGUGGCUGACAGGAAGACGCUUCACACCCUGGAGGUCCUGUCGGUCACCAGUGAGGACGCCGGCCAGUACUCAGCCUACAUCAGCAACGCCAUGGGCGCCGCCUACUCGUCCGCCCGGCUGCUGGUCCGGGGCCCCAAAGAUCCUGAAGAGAAGCCAGCCUCAGAUGCACACCAACAGCUGGUGCCGCCCCGAUUCCUGGAAAGAUUCGCCUCCAAGAAAGUGAAGAAAGGCUCCAGCAUCACUUUCUCAGUAAAGGUGGAAG